UCGGAAGCCAUGGGUUAUUGCAGCGGCAGGUGCACGCUGGUCUUGAUCUGCGGCAUGCAACUGGUGUGUGUGCUGGAGAGACAGAUAUUUGAUUUCCUUGGUUAUCAGUGGGCACCAAUCCUGGCAAAUUUUGUACACAUUAUUAUAGUCAUACUUGGCUUAUUUGGAACCAUCCAGUAUAGACCUCGCUACAUAACAGGAUAUGCUGUCUGGCUAAUCCUAUGGGUUACAUGGAACGUAUUUGUUAUAUGUUUCUACUUGGAGGCUGGGGACCUAUCAAAGGAAUCAGAUCUUAUUCUGACUUUCAAUAUCUCAAUGCACCGUUCUUGGUGGAUGGAGAAUGGGCCUGGUUGCACAGUGACAUCCGUAACCCCAGCCCCAGAUUGGGCCCCGGAAGACCAUCGUUACAUCACUGUCUCAGGGUGUGUUCUUGAAUACCAAUAUAUAGAAGUUGCUCACAGUUCCCUACAGAUCUUUCUUGCACUGGCAGGAUUCAUCUACGCCUGUUAUGUUGUGAAAUGUAUCACCGAAGAAGAGGACAGCUCUGAAUACCCGAUGAUGGGAGGAAGAUUGGUCUACUGGCUCCCUGGAGCAAACCAAAUUGAUUUCAUAGGAGGAUUUGACUCUUACGGCUAUCAAGGCCCUCAGAAGACAUCUCAUUUACAACUACAGCCAAUGUACAUGUCAAAGUGACCCGAGUAAAGUGUGUGGUUGAGCUGAAAGACCUGUCCGAGAACUUAUUCCAGCAUGGCCUC